AUGUUGCGUAACUUGAGCAGAACCAUCAAAUUCAACAAGAAUCAAGUUCGUGCUUUUCAUGAUUGCCCAGCAAAUGCUAUUCAACCAUUACGACUGUUAUUAAUCGGCUGUCCCGGCUCUGGAAAGGGAACACAGUCUAGUAGAUUGGAAAAGAACUUUGGUGUUGCUCAUUUAUCCAGUGGUGAUUUGCUUAGAAAAAACAUUACAGAACAAACGGCCUUGGGACAACAAGCUCAACAAUAUGUCACAGAUGGCAAGUUGGUCCCAGAUGACUUGCUCAUCUCCCUGAUUGAUUCUGAACUACUAAAUGUUGGCAACACAAACUGGCUCUUGGAUGGAUUUCCUAGAACGAUUCAUCAAGCAGAGGCCUUGGAUGCUACAUUGAACAAAUUAAUGCAGCCAUUGAAUUUGGUCAUUAAUUUACAAGUGCCCGAGGAUGUCAUUUUGCAGCGAAUCAUGGAUCGUUGGAUCCACAUCCCUUCUGGUAGAGUCUACAAUCUAUCCUACAACCCACCUCGUGUACCUGGUUUAGAUGAUGUUACAGGUGAGCCAUUGUCAAAGAGACCAGAUGACACGCCUGAGGUGUUCAAGGUGCGUCUUGAUCAACACCACGCUAUGGCUACUCCUUUAUUGGAUCAUUAUCAUGAUGUCGUUGUGAAUGUCAAGGGAAAUACAAGUGAUGAGAUCUAUCCCCAGAUCGAAAGCGAAAUCGUCAAUCGCCUUGGUGUCUUGCCAGGCUCCAUGCCAGAGGCCUUUUCCAUUGCUUCUUUGAGACAAAGAUUUCAACAAACGGCAACAGCGGCGGCGAUGACAUUUGUUGAUGCGAAUGAAGAAGAAGUUGAAGAGAUGGCCAUUGGUGCUAGUAAUUAA